UAAUUGACGUCCUGAGGGGUUGAGAAGGGAAGUUCAGUUUGAGAAGCUGGUAAGUGACAAAGUAAUAGGAUACCUUUUAUUGCCAGAUUCCAGGGAAUGGUUGGAGAGCUCGGCCCUGCAAGAGCGCAAUUUGUAAGUUAUCAGCAGUGCAGUUUCUGACGUGCUGUAAAAGUGUUGGGGUUUUUGUUUUGUUUUGUUUUGUUUUUUUUUUUUUUUUUUUUUUUUUUUAACCUAUCUCAUCAGGGUAUGUUCUCUUUUUCCAGAAUAAAAUGAGAAAUGAGAUUGAGCUGAGACUUGCAUCAUUGCAAAACCCAAACGAAAUUGGGUGAGGGACGUUCGGGAUGCCUUUCUACGACGGCGGGGACGACCCACCACGGGCAGGGCAGGGCGACACCCUGGGCUGAGGGCUGGGAAGGGCGCCGGGGCCGGCUGUCGCGGAGCGCCUCGGCGCCGGUGCACGGACCUCGCCGUGUAAGCACCCAGGGCAGCGCCCCGCGGGCUCUGGGACGGGGAGCGACGCCGCGCAGGUAGCGGGGCGGCCGCGGGGCCCCUCCGCAAUGCAGGGGCCGCUGCGGGCGGCGGGCAGGGCGCGGGGCGGGGCGGCGGCGAGGGGCCGGGCCGCCGCUACCGCCGCCACCGCCGCCGCGGGGCCCUGCGGGAGCGGGGCCGGGGCGGGGCCGGAGGAGGGGGGCGGGUCCCGGGGGCUCCCGGCGCGCAGGCGGCCGCGUCCCGGCGACAGCCCCGAGAGCGGCGGGGCGGGCUGAGGCGGGGACGGCGGCGGCGCGCCCUCUCUCUGCCCCUCGGCGCGGCAGCGCGUCCCGGUGCCGGCAGCUGCCGCGGCGCUCAGAUUGUGGAACCCUGAACUCAAAUAUCCUGUGACUGACGUGACGACGACACCAAAAGAUUUUCCAGUGUAUAGUCUUGGACGUGACGCACUGAUUGGAAUCUGCUUGUUCACAGAUUGAAAAGGAACAAAGAGUUUACCUUGUUUAACAACCAGACGCAGCAUCCUAUCAUCUGCUUAAACAGGCCAAGUGCUGAAGGCAAGGAAACAUGGCAGAGGACAGGAAAGACGAAGCCAAGGCACCGCACUGGACUUCAGGUCAGCUAACAGAGGCUUCUUCACACCCACAUUCUCCUGAAAUUAAGGAACAGAGUGGCGCAGGUGCUGGACUGGUCAGAAGUGCCAAUGGAUUUCCCUACCGAGAGGACGAGGAGCCAGGGCUGGGCGGCCACGAGCAGCCGGGGACAUACGCUCAGACCAAAGAGAAUGGGAUCAAUGGAGAGCUGUCAGCGGGAGACAGAGAGACUGCAGAAGAAGUGUCUGCGAGGAUAGUGCAAGUAGUAACAGCUGAAGCUGUAGCAGUCCUGAAAGGUGAACAGGAAAAAGAAGCCCAACACAAAGAUCAGCCUGGACCACUACCUUUAGCAGUCGAAGAGUCAGCCAACCUGCCUCCUUCCCCGCCUCCAUCACCAGCUUCUGAGCAGACGGGAGCUCUGGAGGAAGAAGAACCAGUAGAGAGUCCUAUGGCUGUGGAAGCGAAACCUGCUGCUCUUCCUGGGAAGCAACUGGGGAAAGAGCACGGGCCCAGUGAGCCUUCGGACCAAGCAAAGGGCCUCUGUGAGGGUCAGUUGGAUUUGGGUUUGGAGGCCAAAGUGUGUCAUGAAGACAAAGUGCCAAGCGUGGCAUCCAGCAGGGAGAGUGUAACCGUUGUACCGGAAACGCCCCUGAAAGACACAUUCCCUUCCUUGGCUGAGGAAGAUUUACUUGCAGCCACGAAGAUGGAAUUCCGUGUCCAGGAGGGCGCACGCCCUUUCACAGCAGAACCAUUAGACACAAAGGAACAUGAAUCUGGGAAAGAGAGUAAGACUGGUGAGCAACCUAAACAUGAUGCCUUAGUUCCACAGCCAGCAAAAACAGAGGCUAUAGAUAAAAAGGAUUCACAGAGCAAAGACAAAGAAAAAAUACCUUCAUCUCUAUCAGAACAGAUCUUAGAAACUGAUUCACAAAAGAAAGGGGAAGCCAGUUUUGCAGAAUCUGCUGUCAAGCCUCCCACUUCUCCAGAACAAAAGGACUUGUCCUCUGAACUGCCUAAAGGGAGCAAAACAGAAGAAAGGACUGCAGAUGUGCCCUCAUUAUCCAACCAAGUUAUGUCUGUGAAAUUUAAAGAUGACCUUAAAGAUGUCCAAGAUCUUGCCAUCAGCCACGGUGAAAGUUCUCUGUUGCUAUCAGAACCCAAGGCAGAAGCAGCCAAAAGUGAACUUCCCUCAGGCCCAUGUCCUGCUGUCCCCCAGGAGCUUCCACUCAAAGACAGUACCAAAACUAAACAGGAACCCACUGACCAACUGUUUGCCAAAGAUCUCACUAAAGAUGAACAGAUCUACAGAGACAGGACACUAGCUCUGCAAGAGGUCUCAGCAGUAACUGUAGAUGGCCUGAAAACGCCAAGCACCCAGAAAAUACCUGCGUGGGGGGAAGAAAAGGACAUGACCAAGGAUGAGAGUGAUGAAGAGGAAAGGUAUGACUUCUAUGAUAAAGGAGAGGCUCAAAUAUUAGAUGAUGGUAAAUUUACCACAAAACCUGAAGUUAAGACACUUUCCCUAGACAAAGCAGACUUUCAAAAGGAUGACGAAGCUAAACAGUCAUCUGAUAUCCUCAAAGCAGAAAAAGAAGUGGACCAAAGUGGACUCCCAGCAACAGUAGACAUGAAAAAGGAGGUCCAGCCAAGCACACAGGUACCCCCAGCCAAGUUAAGCCAUGAACUGACCCUUGAGAAAACAGUAGAGCACCCUGAUACCACUCAGUUAUCCAGAAUAACAGAGAAAGCCCCUGAGGCACCAAGUUUAACCACUGACAAGACUCCUACUCUAGAACGUUCUCAAGAGAAAGAUGUAACCAAGGAGGAUAAGACAAGUGUUUCAGCUCCUCAUCAAAUGAAAGAAGAGGAAGAUCGAUCGGGAAUGUCAAAGUAUUUUGAAACCUCUGCUCUGAAAGAGGAAGGCUUCAAAGCAGAUGCUCUGAAACAAGGCAGUGAUUACUACGAGCUAAGUGACACUAAAGAGAGUGUGUAUGAGCCUUAUCAGACAGAUCGUCUAAUACCUGAAGACAAAGAGGAAGAGGAGGAAGAAUUACAGACAGAAAUGGAUCAUCAGCAGAGUGGGCCUGCUCAUGAAAUAGGGUACAGUACCCUGGCUCAGAGCUUUACACCAGACAAAUCUGAAGAACCAAGUUCCCCAACAGAAAGAAUGUUCACUAUUGACCCCAAAGUCUAUGGGGAUAAGAGAGAGCUCCACAGUAAAAAUAAAGAUGACCUAACUCUUAGCAGGAGCCUCGGACUUGGGGGGAGAUCUGCAAUUGAACAGAGAAGUAUGUCUAUUAACUUGCCCAUGUCCUGCCUGGAUUCAAUAGCUCUAGGAUUUAGCUUUGGUCGUGCACAUGAUCUUUCUCCCCUCGCUUCGGAUAUUCUCACUAAUACCAGUGGAAGUAUGGAUGAAGGUGAUGACUACUUGCCAGCAACCACACCAGCAUUGGAGAAGGCCCCCUGCUUCCCCAUUGAUAGUAGAGAGGAAGAUGAGCAUGUUGAAGAAGAAAAAGCAGUGGCAGAAGAAAAAGUCCAGCCUGAGACCUUGGCUGAAUCACCUUUCCUGGCCAAAGAAUAUUACAAAAAUGGGGCUGUCCUGGCUCCUGACCUGCCUGAAAUGUUAGACUUAGCAGGGACAAGAUCUAGAUUAGCCUCCGUGAGUGCAGAUGCUGAGACGGCACAAAAGAAGACCGUUCCUUCCGACACUGUUGUGGAAGACAGCAGCACAGCCCUGCCACCUGUGACAGAUGAAAACCACGUAACUCUAAAAGCUGAAAGUCAGCUAGAAGACUUGGGCUACUGUGUUUUCAAUAAGUACACAGUCCCACUCCCUUCUCCAGUUCAGGACAGUGAGAAUUUAACGAGCGAAACCUGUCCCUUCUAUGAAGGCACAGAUGAAAAACUGAGACGUGGCCUGGCUCCCGACCUGUCUUUAGUAGAAGUGAAGCUGGCAGCAGCUGAAAAAUCGAAAGAAGAAUUCCUCAGUGAAAAAGACUUAGGUCAGCAUGCCACUGGUGCAUCCAUUCUGGCAAGGGACUUUGAGCAGGAGAAAAAAGAGAAGCUGGAUACUGUGCUAGAAAAAAGCGAAGAUCAAGUUGACUCUAAAGAGGUCUAUCCCGUUAAGGGUGCAGAGACAGAGAAGACAAGACCUGAGGCAAUCUUAGAAAUGAAUGAAGAAAGUGUGGCUGAUAAAGUUCAUGUAACCGAUGAUACUGUGUAUGACAGAAUGUCAGCUUCAGAGAUAGCAAUAGAAAAGGAUGCUGUUUCUUUGUUGAUGGAGAAGGAGAAGACUCUUAGUGUUGUUCCUGAAAUAGCUGAGAUAGAAGCUCCAAUAAAACCAGAUUACAAUGCUAUAAAGCACGAUAUGGAAGUGGCUGCAAGGAGAGCUGACCAGGAAUAUCAGAGUCAGUUAGAUACUAAGAUCAGUGAUGUUAUUUCUCUCCCUUCAGGGAAGGACAAAGCCUCUGUUAAAAGAGCAGAGCCUGAACCCAAAGACGCUCAACAGAAAGAUCAGACCAUCUUGUCCAGAGAAGCAAAGGAUGCAGAUGUACUUUCCAAGACCGAGCCUAGUUAUGUGAAGGACAGCACCAAACUGUCUGAAACAGAAAUUAAGGAAAAAGUAACUAAGCCUGAUCUGGUACAUCAAGAGGCAGUUGAUAAAGAGGAAUCUUAUGAAUCUAGCGGAGAGCAUGAUCAAGCCCAAGAAGGUUUGAAUGGAGAAUCCUUGAAACCAGAGGAUAUCAAAGCAGAACCUCCAAAACCUCCCAUGUCUGGGGAAGAGACACCUGCACAGUUACCAGCAAAGGAGCCUUCUAUGGAGCUCCUGCUUCCAAAAGCUGAGCCUCUCCAGGAAGAACCUGCUGAGAUUCAGAUGGAGAGCAUACCACAGCCUGCAGAAGAAACUGAAAAGAUUCCUGAUACAGCUAUGAAACCUAUGGAAAUCCAAAAGCUGCUGCCAUGUGAAGUGACAGCUGGUGCCACAAAGGGGGAAGAACAUGAGGAAGAGGAGGUAGAAGUAGAGCAAGAAGAAAAAGAGGAAGAUAAACAGCAUCUGAUAUCAGAAAUACCCCCAGAAAUAGACUUUGAGAAACCUACUGCUGAAGAAAUGCUAGCCAAGGGUAGCCCAGAAGCACUGCCUGAACUGAAAGGCAUUAUUGAAUCUGUGGUGACAGUAGAGGAUGACUUUAUCACAGUGGUGCAGACAACAGUUGACGAGGGUGAAUCUGCUUCUCACAGUGUGCGCUUUGCUGCUACUCAGCAGGAAGACAUCGAAACAGGGGACUCCCAGGCUGAAGAGGAGCUGGAGGUUGAGGAAGUGGGUGACAUGCAAGUGGAGCCCAAGGAGGGCUCCCCAGAAGCUCCUGCUUCACCCCAGAGAGAAGAAGUCCUGCUCACCGACUACAAGACAGAGACGUGCGAUGAUUACAAAGAUGAAACAACAAUCGAUGACUCCAUCAUGGACACAGACAGUCUCUGGGCAGAUACUCAAGAUGAUGAUAGGAGCAUCAUGACUGAACAGUUAGAGACUGUUCCUAAAGAGGAGAAGGCAGAGAGAGAAUUGCGAAGAUCAUCUCUCGAUAAGCAUAAAAAAGAGAAACCUUUUAAAACUGGGAGAGGCAGGAUUUCUACUCCUGAAAGGAAAAUAGCUAAAAAGGAACCUAGCACACUCUCCAGAGAUGAAGUGAGAAGGAAAAAAGCAGUGUAUAAGAAAGCUGAACUUGCUAAAAAAACUGAAGUUCAGGCCCACUCUCCCUCCAGGAAAAUCAUUUUAAAACCUGCUAUCAAAUAUACUAGACCAACUCAUCUCUCCUGUGUUAAACGGAAGCAGACAGCAGCAGGUGGUGAAACAAACCAGGCUCCUGGUGUAUUUAAGCAAGCAAAGGAAAAACUCUCAGAUGGAGUAAGCAAGAGUCCUGAAAAGCGUUCCUCUCUACCAAGACCUUCCUCUAUCCUUCCUCCUCGAAGAGGUGUAUCAGGAGACCGAGACAGAGAGGAGAACUCUCUCUCCCUCACAGCUUCCCUUUCGUCUUCAGUACGACGGACCACCCGAUCAGAGCCAAUUCGUAGCAGAACAGGAAAAAGUGGAACUUCUACCCCCACUACUCCUGGCUCCACUGCCAUCACUCCAGGGACACCACCAAGCUAUGCCUCCCGUACCCCAGGCACUCCAGGGACACCGAGCUACUCCAGAACCCCACACACUCCUGGGACCCCCAAAUCUGCCAUACUGGUACCUACUGAGAAAAAAGUUGCCAUAAUUCGCACUCCUCCUAAAUCUCCAGCCACUCCGAAGCAGCUACGAGUUAUUAAUCAGCCUCUACCUGACCUCAAGAACGUCAGGUCCAAAAUUGGAUCAACAGAUAACAUCAAAUACCAGCCCAAAGGGGGGCAGGUUAGGAUUUUAAACAAGAAGAUCGAUUUUAGUGAUAUUCAGUCCCGGUGUGGUUCCAGAGAUAACAUCAAACAUUCUGCAGGGGGAGGAAAUGUACAAAUUGUAACCAAGAAGAUCGACUUGAGUCAUGUGACUUCCAAAUGUGGCUCACUCAAGAAUAUCCACCACAAGCCAGGAGGUGGGCGUGUGAAAAUUGAGAGUGUGAAACUGGAUUUCAAAGAAAAAGCUCAGGCUAAAGUUGGUUCACUGGAAAAUGCCCACCAUGUACCUGGCGGAGGUAACGUCAAGAUUGACAGCCAGAAGCUAAACUUCAGAGAGCACGCUAAAGCCCGUGUCGAUCAUGGGGCUGAGAUCAUCACACAGUCACCAGGCAGGUCCAGCGUGGCUUCGCCACGCAGACUCAGCAACGUCUCGUCCUCUGGAAGCAUCAACCUGCUUGAAUCGCCCCAGCUUGCUACCCUCGCUGAAGAUGUCACAGCAGCCCUCGCUAAGCAGGGCUUAUGAAUUUGCUCAUUUUGCAUUGUAUGAAGUAAUAAUAUUUAGGCAUGAGCUCUUGGCAGGAAUGGGCUCAGAGCAGGUGUUACAUUCAUUCUUUACCAUGUCUAAAACUAAGUCACAUCCCAAGACCUGUAGUUACCGUACAGUUAAAAAAAAAAAACAACAAAAAACCAGAAAAAAAAUUAAAUAGAUGCAGAAAUUGGCCUGAUCUCCAUUUACAACAGGAAGACACUGGCUUUAUAUGGGUAUACAACUGCAGUAUGUUACAUUGGACAAUUAUUGUUGCUCUGCUCUGUCUUGCAUGGAGUACCGUACUAUGAUAAAAUGCAUUUUUACCUUUCAUGUGCCUGAAGGCCAUCCACCUCUUUCUGAAGAGCCUUGUCAAUAUCCCAAGUUGCUCAUUUCACUGUUCUGUUGAUAGAUGGGGAAAUAAAAAAAAAUUAAAGUUGCCCAUUGUAAGUUAUUACAGGUUAAAUUAACAGUCAGCUUACAAGAAGGAAGGGCAUAUAGAGAAAUUCAAGUUUAAUUAAAAAAAAGUGUUAUUUUGUAUAAAUGAGUAGAACAAAAGUUGAAUUAAGUUAUUAACAUUUUUUUUGAUCUGGUUAAUUAUGUCAGUGUAUAGCUGAAAAGCCAAUAAAUUAUUUAAGUAAUAACUGAAAAUAAUAGUUGGAAACAUUUGAACCAUGCCUGGGGAAGUGACGUAAAAGAGCUGUUGAAAGCAAGUACUUCCACCCCAAUGGACUUGUGUCUGAUUAGAAAGUUGGUUAAGCGGCUAGAUUUGUGUACGCACCACCGGUUUCACAUCCUUUCCAUCUGUUUGAUACAGUAUUAUAGAUAUAUAUAUAUUUCUCUGUGGCCAUUUGUGAUAUGCCCUCCUCAUAUACUUGAAUAUUCUACUUCUUUAUCCACAGUAUCUGUGUCUCUUGCACCCUUUGGUGUUGCAAUUUUAGGUAUGUAAAAGUAGAUGUUAGCAGGGUUUUUUUUCCCUAUUCGUAAGAAUACAUUUAAAAAAGAUGAACAUUUUAGCAUGAAGUUGCUUUCUGUAACAACUAAAAGCCGUGACCCUGUUUUAGUGCCAGAUGCAAGUCUCUUCUGUGAUGCUAGAAAAAGGAUUCCUUUCCUCUUCCCUUCCCUCCCUUUCUUCACAAAGGUAUGAUUUUUGUGGGGUCCAGACGUUUGUAAAAGGGUCUCCAAAGAUGGCUGAGUUUGGAUUCUGGAUUUUUAAAAAAUCCACGAUAGUUUAGUUCUGGCUUUUUUUCUUUCUUUUUCUUUCUUUUUUUUUUUUUUUAAACUCCUGUAGUAACAGUGAAUGUUAGUUUUAUUUAUUUUUUUUCUUUUGCUAAAGUUGAAACACAUUAAAAAGUACUAAGAUGUUUCCACUCCUUCAGUGAUGUCUUAUGUAUACACUCAGGCACUCAGAUAGCAGUGAUAAAUGCAACAGGGAUGCCUGUAAAUUAUAGUACAUGAAUAAAUAAAAUGAGCUCCCUAGACUGGGUUGCCAUAGCGAUUCAUCAUCUUGAAAUCUGAGCAAAGUGGGAUUAUAAUGACUAUAAAAAGUAUAAGAAAAAGUAUGCAUAAAAGAUAAAGGGCAGAGACGUAUAAACAACCAAUCUAACGGAGUGACGUGUGAGAGCUCCAAUACUGUCUUAUGGACACUAAGAGAACACUGAAGGUAAUAUGGUAGUAUUACUCAUCAGCAGAUAAUAAUCUGCUGAUACUAUAUGUACAGUAGACGUUAUGAAAUGACCAGUUUACAUUCUUGCAGAUUCUUUGAUCUUUUCCUUUUGAAAUCUAUUAACUAAACUUUGCACUGUCGGUUGAGCUAUACUUGAUACAUGUAUUAGGUUAACAUUGUGUGUUGGAAGCUUUUGAUUUGUUCUCUUUCCUUAAUUUGUAUGUGUGCGUGUGUGUGUUGGGGUUUGAUCUGAAAAGACUCAUAGGGAAGAUUUUUAUGUUUGUGGAGAAGGAUUCUAAUAAUAGCACAGGAUUCCCCAUCAUUAAAUUCAGGUAGUAAAUGCACAGUUACUAGAGAGUAAAUGUUCAGUGGACCAAAGGGGGAUUUUGGCUAAGCUGUCACAGCAGUACAGAGACAAAACAAAAUGGUUACAUCACUAAAAAUGUUACUGAAGAUGAACUCCUAACAGCCCCACACAUGACAUUUCAGCUCUGCAGAAAGCUUUUUCACACUAUAAAGUACCUAAUACUGUUAGUAAGUCGGUUGUUUUAUACAAAGGACAGUGAGUUUAGAACCAUGCUAAGUGCAUCUGGAGGAUUCUGAUUUCUGCCUUGUGUUUAUUAUACUUCUGCUUAGAGCAAUCCUAAGAAUUCACAUGGAAACAGAGUCGAGUGAGGUGCAUUAAAAGCCUCUUCCCAUUUUUCCAGAAAAACAACAGACAUAAAGAAAAAAAAAAAACAAACCAGUGUUUAUAUCAUGUUGCUCUGAUCAUACUAUCAAUUAAUAUAAAUUAGUCUUGCAGUAGGUUUUUUUUUAAUGCCUUUUGCCAGUGUGGGAGAGAGUCUAUGGUACUGCUGAACCUCAGCUUCUCUGAAGCUGAACACCAGCUAGUGAGAACAGUGUUAACCUGAGACUCAAGUUUUUUUAUUCUGCUUUUAAAAUUGAAAUACUCUUGAAAAUGAAGCUUAAUUAAUCCACCUAUGAGUCCAAAGUUAGAGUAGUGUAACACACCAAGUCAUUUAUUUCAUGCAUUAAAAUGAGCUUUCUUGUCUUGAUUCAAGCAAAGACCUUUGUAAUCAUAAUCUUCCUUCCAUAGAAAGAACCCUAGAAUGCUGUGGAGAUGAAUGAAAAGAAAUCAAGGGUAUUGUGCUGUUAAAUAAUAAAAAAAACCCCACAAAACAAGUUAUGUUACAUGACUCUAGAUGUUCACUGAAAAAGCUCAUAUUAAUCUUAACUUCUCAAGAAGAGUGUUGGUUUUAAAAACAAUGGUUUUGUAAAUAUGUAAUGCCCACUAAAGAAGAUAGAGCCAGCUUCCUGGAAACUGCAUCCGUUGUGUUCCUUUUCCACAGGCAUGUUGAGCCAGCAGGUAUGUUGGGUGCCUGAGACCCAACUCUGUAACAAAGCAGAGAUAAUCUAGACAAAAAGAAUGGUGAAACCUUGUUUGGAUAGUAGGGGAGAGCCCCGAAUUAAUAAUCCAUCAUGUUGUAGAGACCAAAAAAAAAGUGCUUCUGCCCCAUCUGCAGAGUUCUGUUUCCAUGUAACCACAAGCAGAAAGAAAUCAAAGUUGAGCAAACAUCUGUCCAGCAACAAUAAAGGAAAAAUUAAUACCGAUGAGGGAAAUUGUGCGCCCACAAGGGCUAUGUAUAUUUUCACUGUACAGCAGUAAAUGGUAUUAUUCAUUCAAUGCUCUGCUAAGGUACAGUAGUAACCUCAUCAUGACUGCUUGCAAAUCUAAGUCUGCCUUAUAUACACGACCCAAAGGGAGUCGAAAGGCAACCUGUGUGGCCUGCCACAUGUGAGCAGAAGUUUUUCCCAUGCUGGGCCAAAUACUGUUUGAAACCCAAGUACAAAUGUCCCUUCAAAGGCAAGCGCCUUGAAGAGUAGAUCACGUUUGCUAUGAAAAUCGACGCAGGUAGAUUUCUAGCCUAGGUGUGUGUCGAGUUUACUCACUAGUCAGAUUGCUAAAGCAACUCCCUCUACAACUCCAGCAAUUCCCACUGCAGGAAGGUAAAUUAGUUUCACACUUGGAAAAGUCAAGCGUAUAAAAGCCACUUCAACUUUAGCAAAGAGAAAAAGCCAACAAAUAAACAUGCUGUAUGCUGGGAUGUCAAGGAAUACAGUCUGCUGUUACAAACCUGUGUUUUUUCUGAUAAUUCUAGAGCCUGUUACCAUAAAAGGCAUUUCUUGAAUGGCUGGUGGUAGGUAGUUCAUGUUUUUCAAUCCGAUUUGCAAUUGUAUUUGUUGCUGUAUAGUGAUUGUUUUGCAAAAUAAAAUCGCUUGUCAUCUAA